AUGGUGGCUCCCAUGACUCCCAUGACUCCAGACACACCAGAUACGGAUACACCGACCGAACGAAAACGAGUGCGCCGCUGGCACAACCGAGGCUUCACCGGUUGUUCAACAUGCCGCCGCCGUCACGUCCGCUGCGAUGAGGCUUUCCCGGUUUGCAACAAUUGUGUGCGCUUGGGACGCGAAUGCGAUGGAGCCCAGGGCAGGAUGACCUUUAAGGUCUACGGACCUACGUCGGACUCUCCGCCAGAGUCAUCGGCACCGAAUCGACCAAUGAAAAUCGCGAAUACCUCAAUACCCAGCCCAGAGUCGGGGUCGAGCGACGGAUCUACAGUAUCGCCGCCAGCGAGGGAGGAAGAUGCGCACCGGACAGCCCGCGAACCUGUGAUUGUGUCUUCCACCGUGACUGCACAGCGGUCCAAGUUUCGCUUCCAAGAACCCAUCACGACGGCCAGCAUUGCCAUGUCUAUCCAGCGCGCCGACGAACGAUAUUUUACAUAUUUCAUCGAUCAAGUCUCCACCCUCCUGAUCAUCUACGACAAUCCCAACACGGCCAAUCCAUACCGCGCAUACUUUCCAGAUUUUGCUCGGUCAUCGCCGACAAUGAUAAAUGCCAUGCAGGCAUUGGGCGCAUUACACCUUGCGAAUACAUCAGCGGGGACACAACGGAACAAACACUUCCAACAGGCAAUGGGGAAAUACGGGUCAGUGGUGAAAGGAUUCCGUGCUCGAUACGGAGAUCCCAACCAGCAGCUAGGUCUAACCGAUUUCGCCACGUGUUUGCUACUAUGUCUAUUCGAGAUGAUGGACUCCCAACACCAGAAUUGGGCUGUACACCUCAAGGGCGCGCGCGAGAUCUACAAUCUAAUUUUCUACCCAGUUACCGGCGAUUCAAGACGCGAAGUCCAACGCGUCGCAGAAACAAACCACCCCCUCCGCCCCUUUCUCGUUUCAUUACUCUCCUACCUUGACGUUGCGGGCGCGUGCGCAACCCCAGGUGGUACCGUUGUCGAAGGUAGUUACUGGAAGACCAUGGGCGGAGGAUGGGAAUAUAACCUCGGCACGCCUAGCUUAUCUACCAACAUACCGGAUAAUCCCCGUCUCGUCGAACUACGAGAAACAUGGUCCCGCCUGAUGGAAAUUCAGGCGAGAAUUAGCACCUUUGCACAAGAUAAGAAGACAUGGAUGACGAAUGACCAGUCUGAUAUGAUGUACAAAGAUAUCUUCAACCAGCUUGUGAUGUGGCGGGCGGAGACGCCUGUUUCUUUGCAACUGGUGGGCGAUCUGGACGAUGAGAGUAUUGCUGAAUAUCUGUAUCCUGAGGUCCUCGAGUAUGCUGGGUGCAUUGAAGCAUAUGAGAAGGCGACGUUCGUUUAUCUGCAUCAGAUUGCGGGUGCUGGUCGUGUUCGUUGGAUUACUGAUUACACUUAUUUGGAUAUGCUUGUUAGUCGCAUUGUCAUGUUGAUUUGCAGGCUGUCCAAGGGAGUUGGGCAGUUGGCUGUUUUGUGGCCGCUUUUCAUUGCUGGGCAGGAGACUCGUAAUGAAGACGAGCAGAAGUAUGUGCGCCAGACUAUGCAUGAGUUGAAGCGCUUUGGAUUCAAGAAUGUUGAUAAAGGCCUCGAAGUCCUCGAAGAGGUCUGGCUCAAGCGACGCUCCUUUCCCAAUGGGUGGAUCAAGACUUUGGAUGAAGUCCAGACAAACAUUCUUCUUCCGUGA